AUGGCCAUCACCACCUCCCCAUCACCGCGCCCCAUCGUAAUAGCAGGCGGUGGCUGCGUGGGCCUCUUCCUCGCGCUCCUCCUCACCCACUCACCGAUCCACAACCCCAUCAUCGUACUCGAACCCAGCGCACCAGAUCCAACUUCCACACGCGCAAUGGCGCACCAACCGCCCACCUUCCCCCUCCUAUCCCGCGUCCCGGGGCUGCUGGACGAGCUGAUCGCCGCGGGGAGUCUGAGCCGCGGGUUGUGCUUCCGGACGAGCACGGCGAGCGGGAGUCGCGUCAUUGCGGGGAAGACGUUUGGAGCGGGGGAGAAGGGGCAGCUACUUCUUCCGCAGGGGGUGUUUCAGGAGGUUUUGCUGAAGAGGUUGGAGGGAGGUGGUGGAAGGGGCGCGGAAGUCCGACUCGGGUGGGCGGUCAGCGGCGUGGAGGAGCGCGGGACGGGGGUCGAGGUGCGGAUGCAGGAUGCGGAUGGGAAGGAGGAGAGCGUGUUGGCCGAGUACCUCAUCGGUGCGGAUGGAGCGCAUUCCACGGUGCGGAGACUGCUGGGUGUGGGCUUUGAGGGCGAGACGCUGGAUGCGCAGCUCGUUGCUACGGAUGUCUUGUUCGAUUUCCAGGCCCAUGGCUUUUAUGAUGCGAAUUUCAUUAUCGAUCCGGUGAACUAUGGGUUGGUUGGGCGGAUCAACAAUGAUGGGUUGUGGCGCGUGUCGUACGGCGUGCCGGUGGAUACGAGCGAGGAGGAGAUUCGGCGUGGCGUGCACGACAAACUGAGGCACAUGAUGCCGGGCGACGGGAAAGACGGGUUCGAAGUGGUGCGUGUCGCGCCGUACAAGGCGCAGCAGAGAUGUGUGUCGACGUUUUGGAAGGGACGGGUCGGGCUUGUAGGGGAUGCUGCACAUUUGACGAAUCCUUACGCAGGUCUGGGUCUGGCAUCGGGCAUUGCGGAUGCGUCUUCACUCUCCCAAGUCCUCAUCCAUAUCCUCUCUCAAGAUUCGUCCGACGACCGCCAUUCUCCUGCCGCAGACUCGGCGAAACUCCUUGCCUCGUGGUCCGAUGCGAGACGACAAAAGUUUCUUAAUGUCGUGGACAAGCCGUCAAGGAUGGCGUACGCGAGGGUGAAGAGCAAGACUGACACAGAGGAGGAUGUGCAGAACCUGUUGGCGAGAGACCGUCUUGUUGGCGCAUUGAAAAAGGGCAUGCCUAUGAUGCCGCCCAGUCUGGAGACAAAAGGGGAUGAACUGGAUGGUUGGUGA